UGUUUAUCACAACAGUAUGAGCACGCGACAUUUUUUUACCUCAUGGAUUUUACUCGCGUUCCCCAUUUACGUUACGAAAACGUACGAGCUGAAUGGCACAACGGCUUUAGUAACGGGAGGUUCGCGGGGUAUCGGUUUUGAAAUUGCGCGCCAUCUUUUGAGUAACGGAGUUCGGGGAGUAACUUUGGUGAGUCUCAACGUCGAAAAGGGAAGAGGAGCGGCCAAGUUACUCAACAGGGAGUUCGGUUACGGGAGGGCGAUCUUCAUUCCGGCGGAUGUGAGCGAUGAAGAUCAGCUCGAGAAUGCGUUCGAGAUUUCGGCACUCCAUUGGAGAGGCUUGGAUAUUGUUGUCAACAACGCUGGAGUAAUUAAUGAGAACGACUGGAAAUCUUUAAUCGGUAUAAACAUCGCAGGAACGCUUCAGGGAACUCUGCUGGGUUUCAAGUAUUUGGGCAAAAAUGGAGGAGGACGAGGAGGCGUAAUCAUAAACGUAUCGUCCAUUCUGGCUCUACCAUCGACUUCAAUAGGUCCUCCAAUUUAUAGCGCAAGUAAGUUGUUCAUCAACUCCCUUGGUCGCUCGUUGGGACAUUCGGUUUACUACGAUUACAACCGAGUGCGAAUUAUUACGAUUUGUCCCGGCUAUACAACCACGGACAUGAAUGACUUAUCCGCCAUCCGAGAUGCCAUCUCGCAAGCGUGGCAUCCCGAUCUUGUAGAGCUACUCGAUAAAUAUCAGCCCCAUUAUCAAACUCAGUCAGCUUCCGACGUCUCCGAAUCGGUCAUGGAGAUCCUAAAAACGGGAAGUAGCGGAAGCACUUGGGUUAUUGAAGGUGGAGAAUGCUACGAGGUCGAGUAUCCCGAUAGAAAGACAAUGAGAACAGGCCGUGGCUAAGGGAUGGUGUGAUAGAAAUAGUGGCUAGUUGUGACUUUGUAUAAGAAGGUGUUGUCUGUCUGUCCAUAACAUAAACACAUAAAAGUUUUUAAAUGCGUA